AGAAGGCUCUGCAGCUGUAGUUUUCAUGCGCCGCGCCAGUGGUAGAUCUGAGCAGCCAUGCAGCGCAGGGCAAGGAGGCCGAAUUCCUAGAAGUUACGCCAUGGAGGAGAGUGGCGCGGUGCGUGGCCUUGAUUCGCGGAAGCACAAGCCCAGAGUGCAGGUGAUGGGUGAAGAAGAGCAGAGCACGCCUGCAAGCCGAUCCUUAGCCAUGAGAUUUCCCUCACGUGCGGAGUCUUGCGCAGACCUGGACAACUUGUCGUGGCUGAAUGCGGUGUUGAGCUGGCUGUGGCCGAAUCUCAACAGGGCUCUCACUGAGAUCGUGCACGAGGAUCUGACCCCGAGGCUACAAGAAUCAUUACCUUCUUUCUUCAGGAAUAUCAGCUUCUCUCGCUUUACUCUUGGCAACAGCAGUCCGGAAUUGGGUCCAGUGCAAGUGAAGGCGACAGAGAACAAUGUGGAUAUUGUUCUUGACUUGAACUACCAGGGUGAUGUGGACGUGAGCGUAGACACAGGCAAUGGCCUAUGCUUUGGAAUAAGGCAGCUGACUUGCAAUGGAAAGAUGUGUAUAUCCCUGCGGCUAUUGAGGCAGCAAUUCCCAAUUGUGGGCGCUGCACAGAUCUUCUUCCCUGUAGCACCUGAGGUGGACCUCCAAUUUACGGGAUUGGCUGCUUUGGGACACUUUCCAGGCAUAGAGCACACCAUCAGACGCUCUGUGAUGGACUGGCUGAAAAGCCUCUUUGUCCUACCUCGUUGCAAGGCCAUUCUCUCUGGUGAAGUAGAUCCCAUGGAGGCAAUGGCACCGCAACCGCUUGGAGUCUUACACGCCAGGGUGGUGCGAGCAAGAGAUCUAGCUGGGGUGAACUGUCAUGCCUUCGAGCAAGAAGUCUUUACCUCACACCCAUACUGCAUUUUGUCGCUUGGUGAUGCCUCGAGGAGAACAAGCACUGUCAGGGACACGACCUGCCCACAGUGGCCCGCAGAGGAGCCAGGAAGUUACUUCGUCGUCCACCACCGAGAGCAACACCUUGAGGUUGAGGUUCGGGCGGAGGAUAGCGGCAGCAUUUUCAGCCACAACUUCACAGGGUUUCUGGGACGUGUGUCUUGCCGGAUCGCGCGCAUGCGGCGAUGGCCAGAGGCGGCCGAGGCCGAAGGCGCCCGUCGCGUGCAUCAUGGCAGCCUGGACUUGGACACUUCGCAGGUUAGCAGAGAUUUGCUGCACGUCGAUGAUCCUCUAAAUCGAGGAUUGAGCUCUGUUGUGGAUUUGGAGGUCCGCUGGUUUGAAAUUGCAGGCUCUCCAGCAGGAGACGUGGCUCUUGAGGCCCCGGCAGCUGUGGUGGUGGAAAUUGCCAAAGGAAGUGGCUAUCCACCGGAAGCUGCAGCCGGGCGUGGCGUGCGCUGGAGGACGUGGAUGCAAGGUGACGAAGCUUUUGCCAAGGUGACGAAAAAAGGCCUGCUGACAAGCAAUGAGCUUCAAUUUCCGCCGGUCGGCAUCAAUCCCCGGCUCCUGCCUGUGAUCGACAACCUUGCUGUGCGCAACUACUCAGUAGAAGCCAUGGCCAUCAUUGUGGGCAUCAGCGAAGAGCUUGUGACCUCCUACCUCAAGGUGCGUGAUGAGUUCAAGCAUCGCCGGGAAGAGUUGCAGCAGGCACAAAGCCAAGAUGACUUUCGCCUGGAUGCGCAAUGGUUUGAACGCAUUGUCCACGUGUGCUCUGUCGCUGACCUGACCAAGAAGCUCUGCAUGUCUUUACUAGACCAUCAGGAUGUCGAGGUUGGCUGCUUGGAACCCAUAUGCUUGAGAUCCACACAAUCUGGAUUCACUGUUCACCGUCUGCAGGCUGCAAGCCAGACUGGAGGUUUGGCUUCGUGGUUUGUCCCAAGCCAAAGUCGCUUUGCCAGAGUGGAGAUGGAGGUGUCAGUUCGGGUUUGUCAGUUGCGACAAGGCAAUGAACUGCCCUGAGCCACACAUGAAGUCGGACGCUGAGGUCUUCAGGUCGGCAGCAUCCUGGAGAGCACUGGCCACGAUGGCAUCUCAAGAGCUGCAGCACUAAGAGAAGGGGCGUCGAGCCACCUUGAUCAUCUUCGUGCAGAAGCCCAGGUCAGCCAUCCUCACAGUGUGCGACUGAGCAGUACCACAGCGCUGAAGCUGCCCACUUCCACGAGCUCGUCGCAACUUGUGCCAAUGCCUCGCGCAUGAUUUUCUCUGUGCCUGCUGCGCGCGAUUCUGGUGCAAUGGAGAUGGCAGCUUUGCGCUGUCAGUUUUGCUAUUGCAAUUCAGGAUCUGCAUGUUGUUGCCUGGUGCUGUUCAGCACGGGUGUCACCAAUCCUUGCCCUUGUGUCAAAAUCUGGAAAAA